AUGGCAGAGGAGAAGUGUCCGUUUGAGCAAAGUUUUUCUUUUCGCGCUCUCCCCAACAAGAAGUUCUUCUUCCUUCAGGACAAAGAGGUGUCAACACUGAUAAUGAAAUGGUCCAUGCAGGGAAGGAUCUCAGCUCAGUCUUUCAGCUUUGAUCAGAGAUUUCACUCCUACAACUGUGAACAGUUUGCACUGGAUUUCUUCAGAGACCCUGACGUGGCGUCCUGUCUGAAAAAGAUGGAGGCCGGAGACCAGGUGCCUCUCGACAAGCCUGUGCAGUCUGUCCAAGUGGAGGUGGUACCAUGCACCAAAAUCUCCAUGGAGCUCUUUGACCCGAUGUUCUCUUGUGGCAUCCUGAGGCCGAAUGGACACAUAGUUAAAUGCUUACACGAAGUCUACUCCGACUAUGAUGAACUCAGACAGAUGCUGCGAGAGGAGGACAGCGAGAACUACUCCGCGCUCGGGGGGGAGGAGCGGGGAGAGUUUCUGUUUCGCCUCUUCAAGCACCUGUGUCUUGGGGGGGAGCUCUGUCAGUACGAAGACACCAUCCAACCUUACAUCAACACCACAAAGCAAGUGUACAAAGAUCUGAUCAGCGUUCAGAGGGAUCCAGACACAAAGAGAGUCAGCGUUGUUUCCACGGUGAUCAAAGUCAGCGCUUAUGUUAAAUCGGGGCGUUGUUUCCCCGGGUUACGAGAGGAGGAGCAGACGUUUGCCUAUUUGAUUGUCGACCCCUAUAAAUGUCAUGUGACUUUGUUCUGCCACUUCUACGGUGUUGGAAACUUUACAUAG